CACUUAUUCACAACACAUUCAUUCACUUAAGGCAGAGCUACUUGCAAAGUUAACUCAGAGUGAUCAGCUCUAUUUGCCAAAGGACCAUCACCUUUUCUUCUAGGUGUUUGCUGAGACAACCUUUUGAGAAGAAGUUUUUAAACUAACUCAGAAUACACAAUGAACGUUUUGAUUUCAGUUUUGGGGGUGAUUCUCGCUUUCUGUCAGAUUGGGAGGAAUCCUGUUAGCGCUGGGAUGUGCUGGCUGCAGCAGAGUCAAGAUCAAAGGUGCGACAUGGUGCUGAUGAGAGGGGUGACCAGGGAGGAGUGCUGUGCCGGGGGACGCCUGGACACAGCGUGGUCCAACACCAGCCUGCCCAUGAAUGAAGUCAGCCUGCUGGGCUUCCUGGGUAUUGUCUCCUGUAAACCAUGCAAAGAGACAUGUGAGGGAGUCAGAUGUGGUCCCGGGAAGGUUUGCAAGAUGAAGACAGGAAGGCCUCAGUGUGUUUGCUCUCCAGACUGCUCUCACAUUACCCGGAGGCAUCCUGUGUGUGGCAGCGAUGGGAAGACAUAUAAGGAUGAGUGUUCUCUGCUUAUGGCACGCUGUAUGGGACACCCAGACCUUGAGGUCAUGUACCACGGAGAGUGCAGAAAGUCGUGCUCCAGUGUUGUGUGUCCAGGAACUCACACCUGUGUGACCGACCAGACCAACAGUGCUCACUGCGUCAUGUGCCGCACUGCACCUUGCCCAAUACCCAUGCCGUCUGAGCACCGUAUCUGUGGUAAUGACAACGUCACUUACCCAAGCGCCUGCCACCUCCGCCGGGCUACCUGCUUCCUCGGCCGCUCCAUAGGAGUCCGCCACUAUGGGCACUGCAACAGUCCAUCUCGGAAAUUUCACAUCUUGGAUGGCAGUGAGGAAAACGCAGUCUAGAUGGUCGAUUCCUGACGCAGCCCCUUUUUGCAGGAUAUGACCCGAUCAAAAAACAUUUUUGCUCCACUAGCUUCCCAUAAGGAACUUUUUUUUUUGACAAUCACUCCCCCCUCCCCCCUUUCUACAUAUUAAUGGUAGAUGUGAUAUGAGACACCUCUGUUGGAAGAGAGGUGUUUAAUAACACACACAUGCCUCUAAAAAGCUAUUUUUUGUUAACUAUGUUUCAGUUUGGAAAGUGGAGGCAGAUGAAUGCGUUUGUCAUGAGACAGAUAUAUCUCAUGAGCUCUUUGGGAGAUGUGUGCAUAUUGUAAAUAGAAUACCAGUACUAUUUAUUGGAGAAGGUAUUAAAACUCUAUUUAUGUUUUUUAGCCUGGUAAAAAAAA